AUGAACAGUGAAUACGAUUAUUUAUUCAAGUUGUUGUUGAUUGGUAAUUCCGGGGUAGGUAAAUCCUGUCUUUUAUUAAGAUUUUCAGAUGAUACAUACACAAAUGAUUAUAUUUCCACCAUUGGUGUUGAUUUCAAGAUUAAGACUGUGGAACUAGAUGGGAAGACUGUUAAAUUACAAAUUUGGGAUACUGCGGGACAAGAAAGAUUUAGAACCAUUACAUCUUCAUAUUAUCGUGGAUCUCAUGGUAUUAUUAUUGUUUAUGAUGUUACUGAUCAAGAUUCAUUUGAUGGUGUUAAGAUGUGGUUACAAGAAAUUGAUCGUUAUGCUACAUCUACUGUUUUGAAGUUAUUGGUGGGUAAUAAAUGUGAUUUGGAAGAUAAAAGAGUUGUGGAAUAUGAUGUGGCAAAGGAAUUUGCAGAUUCUAAUAAGAUGCCAUUUUUGGAAACAAGUGCAUUGAACUCUACUAAUGUGGAAGAAGCAUUCUUGACUAUGGCUAGACAAAUUAAAGAAAGUAUGAAUCAACAAAAGAUGGAAGAUAGUAAUGCAGCCAGUAAAGGGGGUGAUAAGAACUCUAAUGUCAAUUUGACAGGAGGUCAAAGUUUGACUAAUUCUAGCAGUGGGUGCUGUUAA